AAUUGGCUUUCAUUUGCAGCCACCAAAAGCUUACCCUCACCCAACGCCACAAACACUAACCUUAGCUAACUUACAUAACAAUAUCAUCUUCUCCGACCAACAAACUUCUUCCAUAGCAAAAGGAAACAAGAAAGAAAAUGGCAAUGGCAAUGGCACUUCGACGACUCUCCUCAUCCAUCGACAAGCCCCUCCGUCCUUUCUUAAACUCCACUUCUCUCUAUUACUUGUCGUCUUUGCCAAAUGAAGCUGUGUACGAGAAGGAGAAACCUGGGGUCACUUGGCCAAAGCAACUGAAUGCUCCACUUGAAGUCGUUGAUCCUGAAAUUGCGGACAUCAUUGAGCUCGAAAAAGCUCGCCAAUGGAAGGGAUUUGAACUCAUUCCAUCGGAGAACUUCACGUCGUUGUCGGUGAUGCAAGCAGUCGGAUCUAUCAUGACCAACAAGUACAGUGAAGGGUAUCCCGGUGCUCGCUACUACGGAGGGAAUGAGUACAUCGACAUGGCAGAGACAUUGUGCCAGAAGCGUGCUCUUGAAGCAUUCAGGUUAGAUCCUGCAAAAUGGGGAGUGAAUGUGCAGCCCCUGUCUGGUUCUCCAUCCAAUUUCCAGGUUUACACUGCACUCUUGAAGCCUCAUGACAGGAUUAUGGCACUUGAUCUUCCUCAUGGUGGCCAUCUCUCUCAUGGUUAUCAGACGGACACCAAAAAGAUAUCUGCCGUCUCGAUAUUCUUCGAGACCAUGCCGUAUCGGUUGAAUGAAAGCACUGGCUAUAUUGACUAUGACCAGUUGGAGAAGAGUGCAACUCUCUUCAGGCCGAAAUUGAUAGUUGCUGGUGCUAGCGCUUAUGCACGUCUGUAUGAUUAUGCACGCAUUCGAAAGGUUUGUGACAAGCAAAAGGCAAUAAUGUUGGCAGACAUGGCACAUAUCAGUGGCUUGGUCGCAGCCGGUGUCAUCCCCUCACCGUUCGAGUAUGCUGAUGUCGUGACCACCACGACUCACAAAUCACUUCGUGGGCCUCGUGGUGCCAUGAUUUUCUUCAGAAAGGGAGUGAAAGAGGUUAACAAACAAGGGAAAGAGGUUUUGUAUGAUUAUGAAGACAAAAUAAACCAGGCUGUCUUUCCCGGACUUCAAGGUGGUCCGCACAACCACACAAUCACCGGUCUAGCAGUUGCACUAAAACAGGCGACAACUCCGGAGUACAAAGCUUACCAAGAGCAAGUUCUGAGUAAUUGCGCCAAGUUUGCACAGACUCUGGCUGCAAAAGGAUAUGAACUUGUUUCUGGUGGAACUGAGAACCAUCUAGUUUUGGUUAAUCUGAAGAACAAGGGAAUCGAUGGCUCCAGGGUUGAAAAGGUGUUGGAAGCAGUUCAUAUUGCUGCAAACAAAAACACUGUACCUGGAGACGUGUCUGCUAUGGUUCCUGGUGGCAUCAGGAUGGGAACCCCGGCUCUUACGUCUAGGGGAUUCGCCGAGGAGGAUUUUGUCAAGGUGGCUGAAUACUUUGAUGCUGCUGUGAAGUUGGCUGUUAAAAUCAAGGGUGAAACAACAGGGACAAAGUUGAAAGAUUUCGUGGCCACACUGCAGUCCGCUCACUUUCAAUCCGAGGCUGCAAAACUCCGCCACGAUGUUGAAGAGUACGCGAAGCAAUUCCCCACCAUCGGAUUCGAAAAGGGAACCAUGAAGUACAAGAACUGAGCGACAAACAGGUAUGCAUGUAGCAGUAUGAGAUAUCAUAGUGGUGGAGGUGGACCAGGAAUACAACUUGACUAGCAGGCAAAUUUGUGUACAAUGUAAAUUAAGUUUUCAUGGGGUCUAAAUGAGAGAACUUUGAUUUGAAU